AUGAAAAUUACAUCCUCUGCCGGCGAACCUGCGACCAUUGCCCUGUCCUCGGAGACUGCUGACUCGGAGCUGGACUGGAUAGACUGGUUGUGUCGCACCUAUCCCACCCAUAGCCGCGGUGAGAUACAAGAUUUUUAUAUUUCACACUUUGGCUCUAUGGACGCCGCCAAAUCUGUCGUUGACGAAUACCGCCGCCAAGUUGUCGGCCCUGCAGGCAGCAGUCUCAAACGCAUUGGCCUCUAUCCUGCUCCAGACGAGAUCAUGCAUGUUGUGGACAUCUAUGACAAGGACAAUAAACACAAAAUUGCCUUUUGGCAGGGGGAUAUGGCACACGACCGCCAAUACCAGUUCGCUUUCAUUAAUUCCGACGGCCGUCCGAUCCCAGCACCCGAUGGUGUUCGCAUCUACGGUGUGCCACGUCCAGAUGGAGGUGGGACGAUGGAUGAGCUACUAUCUCUUGAAAGGAAUGCUGGCAUGGCGACUGCUGAUAUAAAGAGUGAAGUUUUCGUGGCACCUGAGGGCGGAGUAUAUCGUGUAACGGGAUUGGGGGAAGUUGUUCACUUUGCAGUUCCUAUACAUGACGACUUCGUCCUCGCCCCGAUGAGGAUCUUCAAUAGGGUGAUACUGCUUUCUUAUACUGACUUGGAUGUCUACUGA